UGGGGCGUUGGGCUGCCGGGUGUUGGGGCCGCUUUUAGGCGGGGACUCAGGGUCCUGUGAGUCCGCGUCGGUCCCGUGCCCCGCGUGGCUGGGAAGACACGGGCGGCAGCUCACUGUGCGGGUGGCACUGCUCAGCGGUGCGCUUGGCGGCGGCGUGACAGCAUCUUGCAGGAGUGACCAGGACCUCAUCUUCCAGAAGUAAUGCCCACAGAAAGCGGGAGUUGUUCAGCUGCUCGCCAAGCAAAACAGAAGCGCAAAUCUCACAGCCUUUCCAUACGGAGAACUAACAGCUCAGAGCAGGAGAGGACAGGCCUGCCCAGAGACAUGUUAGAGGGACAGGAUUCUAAGCUGCCUUCCUCAGUUCGCAGUACUCUUCUGGAACUGUUUGGUCAAAUAGAAAGAGAAUUUGAAAACCUUUAUAUUGAAAACUUAGAAUUGCGUAGAGAAAUCGAGACUCUUAAUGAGCGCUUAGCAGCUGAAGGACAAGCGAUCGAUGGAGCGGAACUGAGUAAGGGCCAGCUCAAGACGAAAGCCAGUCACAGCACCAGCCAGCUUUCUCAGAAACUGAAGACCACCUACAAGGCCUCCACCAGCAAGAUCGUCUCCAGCUUCAAGACCACCACAUCCCGGGCCGUGUGCCAGCUUGUGAGGGAGUAUAUUGGCCACCGGGAUGGCAUCUGGGACGUCAGUGUGGCAAGGACGCAGCCUGUGGUGCUGGGGACGGCAUCUGCUGAUCACACGGCUCUGUUGUGGAGUAUCGAGACGGGGCGGAGCCUCGCCAAGUACACGGGCCACGUGGGGUCAGUAAAUUCCAUAAAAUUUCAUCCAUCAGAACAGUUGGCCCUCACCGCCUCUGGAGAUCAGACUGCCCACGUGUGGAGGUAUGCAGUUCAGCUGCCUGCUCCUCAGCCUGCGGCCGACUCUAGUCAGCAGCUCUGUGGUGAGGAUGAAGUGGAGUGCUCUGACAAGGACGAACCUGAUGCAGACGCCGACCCGUCCAGCGACUGUCCCACCAUCCGGGCGCCACUGACUUCUCUGAAGAGCCACCAGGGAGUGGUCAUAGCUGCUGACUGGCUGGUUGGCGGGAAGCAGGCAGUGACAGCCUCCUGGGACAGAACGGCCAAUCUGUAUGACGUGGAGACGUCAGAGCUCGUCCACUCCCUGACAGGGCAUGACCAGGAGCUGACGCACUGCUGCACGCACCCGACCCAGCGGCUGGUGGUGACCUCCUCCCGCGACACGACGUUCCGUCUGUGGGACUUCCGCGACCCUUCCAUCCACUCCGUGAACGUGUUCCAGGGCCACACGGACACUGUGACCUCCGCCGUGUUUACUGUGGGAGAUAACGUGGUCUCUGGCAGUGACGACCGAACUGUGAAGGUCUGGGACCUGAAGAACAUGCGGUCCCCCAUUGCCACCAUCCGCACAGACUCUGCCAUCAACAGGAUCAAUGUGUGUGUUGGCCAAAAAAUCAUCGCCCUCCCCCAUGACAACCGCCAGGUGAGGCUGUUCGACAUGUCGGGUGUGCGGCUGGCCAGGCUCCCACGCAGCAGUCGUCAGGGCCACCGGCGGAUGGUGUGCGGCUCAGCCUGGAGCGAGGACCACCCCGUGUGCAACCUGUUCACCUGCGGUUUUGACCGGCAGGCCAUUGGCUGGAACAUCAACAUCCCGGCGCUGCUGCAGGAGAAGUGAGGGCCGUUCCGAGGCUCCGGCCGGCCGGGGACCGUGCCUGCUGGCUCGCUGGGCGCUGGGACGCCGCGGCUGUGGGCGGUGGGCCUGAGCAGGGCGCUCUCUCCUCGCUGUACCCAGCUUGCAUGAAGUGUCCAGAGGUGUGCCCUGUUGCUUCUUUCCGUUUUGUGUGCGUGGGCAUUGCGGCCGUGAGGUGGACCCCCUUCCGUGGCCGCUGGUGUAGUGAGUCCCUGGUGUGUUGGGUGACAGGAGGGCGGGGCAUCUGGACGAGUGGUCAGUGGUCUCUGGAGCGAUGGUGCAUGUGUGCCUGUCCGGCAGGAGUGGGCAGAGAUCUCACGUCUGUGUGGGGUUCUGGCGUCUGCUUACUCAGCUUCACCUCUGUGUUCUGUUACAGUUGUGAAAUCUGCUUGGAUUUUAGAAGUUAAAAAAAGCGUAGAGUGUUGAAUUUGCAACAUUUGGACAGUUUCUUUUGAAAAGAAAAAUUUUCUGCUCUUUUUGUGGAAAACCAUUUCAAUCUCCUGAGGUAUCUCAUGCUGGCAAAUUCUGAAAUAGAAUGGUUCUAAUCACUGAUUCCAGAUAUUAAGUAAAAUUUACAGCACUUUAGUUUAUAGCUGUGGUUAUAAACAGUUUCUAGAAGUUUCAGAUGACUUACCCAUUGAAUGUGACUUGACCUUUCUAGAAGGCCCUGCUACCUGAAGACAAACCUUAUUUAUUUUCUACACCUUGGGUUUGCAUGUUUCCAAGUGGGUUCACUUCCUGGUGGCAUCUGAGAGCCAGCAAUGCAAAUAAAUGAGUUCUACCUCAGACAUGAAGUAUUUGGGAAACUUGGGUGUCACUGUUAGUGGCUCAGGCACUUGUGAUUUAGAGCUGGAAUGAGCUCAUCCAGAAGGCAGGAGAGGUGGGCGCAACGAUGGCCCUGCCCAGGAAGGGCUGCCAAGGGCCCCUUCUGCCUGGAGCCUGUCACUCCUGCCUUCUCAGGACUUUCUGUCCAGUGUUCACGAGUCGUGUUUCUUGUUGAGUUACAGUUUGAUAGCGAGACAUCUCAGUGCCCCCCAGCCUCCCCCCUGCCCCAUUUGUAACCCUUGGAGGCUGUCCUGGGACAGGCACAGAGAGGAACACUGGUAGCCAUCGUGUCGGCCUCGUCCCAUCACUGCUUCCAUUUUGUGGUGUCACAGGUGGGGCGGCCUGAAUGCUGGUCCUUCACCUGCGGGUCCUUUGGUCAGGCCCCAUGGUAGCCAAUCUCAGGCCUCUUGGCCCUGAAUGGUCAGGACUGGGUCUGGGGGACCCCUGGCUGGGUGGGAGGGAGAUCUGAGUAGUGAAGGUGAGACGGCAGGAGUUUCAGGGCAGCUUUACAGCAGUGGCGGCUCAGGAGCUGAUGCUGGAGUCUGACAUUCCCUGACUGCGGUGUGAGGAUGGGCCCCCACCCUGGGUCUCACUCAGAGCUGCCCUCCCGCCCCCGCACACACCGGCUUCUCUCCUGCUUUAGUCUCACAGCUGAGUGUCUUACUAGAGUCACUGCUAGCAACAUUGGAAACUGUCUCUGCACGUCAUUGCUCCAGACUUACCCAGAUCUCUGCCCGCGGAAACAAUGGGCAGCGAGUAAACUCAGCGUGUGUGCCAGCCGUGUGGCCGUGCUGAUGAGGCUCCACACGCAGCUCCAUUUCCCUCCCUAGGGCUUGGCCCUUCUCAGGAGCGGGACCCACCACUGUGGUCACGGGGUGUCUUCAGGCGUCAUGAAGGAGCUGGGGGUGCUGUGUGUGCACACCUAUUUGUGCACUUGAGUGUGCGCGGGGAUGUGUGUGCAUGCGGCUGCAGUGAAAUCAUGUGGCCCACUGCCUUGAUCUCAUCUGAAGCAGUGUUUGGAAGUGGGAGUGGUUUUGUCCAUGUGCUGAUGAGUCCAGAAUUUCCUGUCACAGCAGGAGGAAAUGUGUGUUUACUGGAAACCAUGUGUCAAGAGAAUUUCUUAAGAGGUGUGUUGUUGGACAAAUGACACCCUUUCUCAGCCACUGCACAUCAAUUUCUGCAGAGUGAAAAUUCUGUACCUAUUCUGGAACUGAAGAAUCCUAUGUAAAUCAUCUGUUGCUUAAAUCUGUGAAAAUAAGUUUUUUGGGGGGAAAGUGUGCAUUUAUAAGUGUUGUGUAGAAGCAGGUGUUUUUACUCUGUUGAUGUAAUUGUUCAUAAGUGUUCAGUGUCUUCAUUGCAGUAUGAGAUUCAUUAAAAAUCCAUG